GAGCUCGGAGUGCCGAGUCCGGAUGCAUUGGUUCAAAUCUCGCACUGUGGUGGAACAGCAGCAGAUUUACUUCGAAUGGAAGACAUCCUGACCUCAAAACUGGGUGGGGACCUGGACGGUGUCAAUGCCUUCGAUUUCCUUCGUCUUUUUGCCUCUGCAGCAAUAGUUCUACCUGAGGAGAAUGUCAGUCCUAGCUUUGGAGGUACUGAAGUGAGUGGAACACCUCCUAUGGAGGCUGAAGAUCCACAGGGGCAGCCUCUUCUGCCUCCAAAUUCGAUGCCAGAAUCAGGAAGUGUUGAGAUCACUACUGCUGCUGCACGAAACCCACAGAGCCGUCGUAUGUACGACAUCUGGAGUGCCAUGACCAGCCGACUCGUGGUAGCCCUCUGCUCCCUUGAGAUCUACCGUUUCAGACCUGCCACGGUUGCCUUGGCGGUGCUGCACCACUUCCGUGUGUCAGAGGUCGAAACUUUGGCUAAACUUUGCGAUGUCCAGAUGAAUGACGUGCAUCAGUGCUCUACUUUAGUUGAGGAGCUCUACGAUGUAUUUUAUCGCGACUCCCAUCCCAGCAGUCGCAGAGCACUCGCUUGGACCUUGUCCAAACGCACUUUUUUUCGUAUUGGUUGUUCUAGUCCCACCACGCUGGACACAAUCUCAGAGGAUUGCGAAACUGACAAGGAAGACAAUUUGCAAUUCAUGUUCGAGCCGUAG